AUGUCCAAGGUCGUCCGGAGUGUGAAGAAUGUCACCAAGGGCUAUUCGUCGGUGCAGAUUAAGGUCCGCAAUGCGACCAGUAACGACCCUUGGGGCCCAACGGGCACUGAGAUGAGCGAGAUUGCCGCUUUGACGUUCAGCAGUCCAACUGACUUCUACGAGAUUAUGGAUAUGCUGGACAAACGACUCAACGAUAAAGGCAAGAACUGGCGGCACGUGCUGAAGUCGCUCAAAGUUCUGGAUUACUGCCUCCACGAGGGCUCCGAGCUGGUCGUCACCUGGGCAAGAAAGAAUAUAUACAUCAUCAAAACUCUCCGCGAAUUCCAGUACAUAGAUGAUGAGGGAAGGGAUGUCGGCCAGAAUGUGCGCGUGACUGCCAGGGAACUCACUGCCCUUAUUAUGGAUGAGGACCGACUACGAAGCGAGCGCUCUGACCGGAAGCUCUGGAAGUCCCGAGUCAGCGGUAUCGAGGACAGUAUGCAUGGUUUCGGCGGAGGUUACGACCCGAGCCGGCGUGAAAGGGAGAGGCGUGAGCGUCGACGUCGUGAAGAAGAAGACGCGGAAUACCGCUUGGCAAUCGAGGCAAGUAAAGCUGAGGCCGAGGAGGAGCGCAAACGACGGGAGAAGGCGGCCAAGGCCGAACAAGAAGACGAAGAUCUGGCCAAGGCGAUCAAACUGAGCAAGGAGGAGGAGGAACUUCGGAGACGCGAGCUUGAAGAGAGCAACGCGCAGUCACUGUUCGAUGAUACGCCAGCGCAACCUGCUCAGCCGCAACCGACUGGAUACAACCAAGGUUACCAGCAGCAGCCCGCGGUGGAUUGGUUUGGUAACCCGAUUGAUCCUCAGCAACCUUUGACGACAGGCUAUCUCAACAACCAAUAUGCACAGCAGACAGGAUUCCAAAGCCAGCCGACCGGCUUCCAGAACGGAUUCUCGAACGGGUUCUCGAACGGGUUCCAGAUGCAACCGACCGGAUUCGACCAGUCUCAACAGUUCGGGCAGCCGCAAAACAACUACUUCCAGUCCUCGAUGCCGCUCCAGCCUCAACAGACCGCGUUCAACAACAACAACCCAUAUGGAAAUAAUGCUUUCUUUGGGCAGCAACAACAGCAGCAGCAACAGCAGCAGCAGCAGCAGCAGCAGCAGAAUCAGCAGGAAACAACUACCUUCAACCGGCCUAUGCCUACGGGCUCGAAUAACCCAUUCGCCCGGCCACAAUCUCAGCCUGCUCGGACUGGUCCUCCUACCCUGAGCACCCUCUCGGAGGAACGAGCCACGACCCAGUUUAACACGCAUUCACCGAAUCCCAUCACCAAUUACCGGGCUCCCAGUCCCAAUCCCAGUCCCGCCAAGAAUACGACGUCCUCCAAGUUCGACAACAACCCCCAGUAUGCUCGUCUCAAUGCCCUUCUCGCGAACGGAGAAGGACAGGAUACUUUCGGCAAUGUUGGCGAUCUGCGUAUCCCUGCUCAACACACUGCUCCGGGUACUUUUGUCAACUCCGCUGGUCAAGGUCUGGACCGUCUCCGGGCCGCCCAGACUGGCAACAACCCGUUCUUUUCCGCUCGCCAGACGGGUUUUAAUCAGCCUCAACAGCCACAACAGCAGCAAAGUGGCAGUUUGAUUGAUCUGUGA